AUGCAGGAGGCUACUGCGGCCACCAAAGCCGAGCUCAACUUGGGGCUCGUAGAGUCUUUGAAGCUGUACCGGAAGGCCUGCCUCUGGUCGAUCUUUUUCUCCACUUGCGUCGUCAUGGAAGGGUUUGACAUGCUGCUACUAAACAGUCUCUAUGCUUAUCCUCCAUUUCAACACCAGUUCGGCAUCGAGUUGGAGGAUGGUACAUUCGAGCUGACAGCUGCAUGGCAAUCCGGUCUAUCUAUCGGCGCCUUUGGUGGUCAGAUCAUUGGGCUUUUUAUCAACGGCAUCAUUGCUGAUCGCUUUGGGUACCGCAAGACAUUAAUUGGCGCUCUCGUCGGCUGCUGUGGCUUUAUAUUUAUCAUCUUCUUUUCUGAAACGACUGUACAGCUCCUUAUUGGCGAGCUUCUCAUCGGUGUUCCAUGGGGUGUUUUCCAGACAAUCACAAUAACCUACGCAUCCGAAGUCUGUCCGACGCAUCUACGUGCCUAUCUAACCACAUACGUUAACCUUUGCUGGGUUAUCGGCCAGUUCAUCGCCUCGGGCGUGCUACGUGCCAUGCUUACACGGGACGACAAAUGGGGCUACAAGAUUCCAUUUGCCCUGCAAUGGAUAUGGCCCAUCCCACUUAUGGCUGGAAUUUGGUUAGCCCCCGAGUCCCCAUGGUCCCUCAGUCGCCUGACGACUCGAAGCUCUGAAAUUCCCUUCCAACCCGACGAAACUAUCUCGAUGAUGAUAUUCACCAAUGAGAUGGAGAAGAAGACAGAAGAAGGCACAACAUACCUGGAGUUAUUUAAAAGCGUCAACCUACGACGGACAGAGAUUGUCUGUGUCACCUGGAUGAUCCAAACCUUCUGCGGAAAUACCUUUAGUAGCUACUCGACGUACUUCUAUGAGCAAGCUGGUCUGGCAAGUGAAAGCUCGUUUAGCAUGACUCUUGGGCAGUAUGCACUCGGCGCUAUGGGCACCUUUCUCUCAUGGUUCCUCAUGCGCCAAUUCGGUCGCCGGACAUUAUACCUCUCCGGCCAGGUGUUUAUGUGCAUCCUCUUGUUUAUUAUCGGCUGCACCUCCUUCGCGGGCCACGGCAACACCGCCGCCCAGUGGACAACCGGCUCCAUGAUGCUCGUUUAUACGUUUACCUAUAACUCCACCGUCGGGCCGCUCUGCUACUCCCUGGUAUCAGAGCUUCCUUCGACGCGGUUACGUAUCAAGUCAACCGUGGUGGCCCGCAACGUCUACAAUGUCGCCUGCAUCAUAAGCAACCUGAUCACACCACGCAUGAUCAACCCUACUGCCUGGGGCUGGGGCACCAAGUCAGGCUUCUUCUGGGCCGGUUCUUGUUUUCUCUGUGCGGUGUGGACGUACUUCAGGCUUCCCGAGCCCAAGGGUCGUACGUAUGCCGAACUUGAUGUCCUGUUUGAGAAACGGAUCAGCGCACGCAAGUUCAAGACUACUUACAUCGAGCAAUUCAACACUCAUGAGGAUGGCGCAGAGGUAUUCAACUACCUGGCUCCUAUCGGGACGCUAGGUCUACAACCUAACCUAUCAUCUUCUUAG